CACAAGAAACGAGAGCAGAUGAGGAACUGUUCGGGAAAAGCUCCAUCUGUGUCCAAAAGUAAAGAUGAGGGUUGUGAGGAUGAUAAGCCUUUGAGUGCCAGGCUUAAAGUUCAAAUGUCAUCGACGGUGCAGAUAAAGAUCAGCGUGCGUGCAUCAAGUAGCAAGAAGAGAGCUUUGGUUGAUAAUAUCAAACGGAAUGGUUCAAAACCUAAAGAGCAGAGUUCUCAGUCACCUUCUAAGAGACCUCUUGAGAAGGGAAGUUCUUCGAAACAAUCUUUUGUUAAGAGGCCUAAGCUUUUAGGUAAUGCAGCUACUCCAGAUAGCAAAGGGAAGAAUCUGGACGCAUCCAAGCCGUUGAAAGCUAAACAAGCAACUGUUUGGGAAGAAAACUCAGAUGGGGAUGAUCAUGUCCCUAUUGCUUCGAGAAUGAGGUCAGGUCCCUCAAAUAAAAAACCAUCAUCCGUGAAGAAGCCAAAUGGUAGUAAAAUGAUAGCUUCUUCAUCCAGAAAGAUAGCUAAGAACAAAUGCGUGAAAGAUUAUAAAGCGCUACCUUUUCGAGAUGGGCAAAAGAAAUGGACAACGCUAGUGCACAAUGGUGUUCUUUUUCCACCUCCAUAUAAAUGUCAUGGGGUUAAGAUACUGUAUCAGGGAAAGCCAGUUGACUUAACUCCUGAACAAGAAGAGGUUGCCACUAUGUUUGCAAAGAUGAGAAAAACGGAUUAUUACAAUAAACCAAUAUUCAGAGAGAAUUUCUGGAAUGAUUGGAGGGAACUACUUGGAAAGAAUCAUGUGAUUAGAAACUUAGAUGAUUGUGAUUUCAGUUCCAUAUAUGAAUGGUAUAUGCAGGACAUUGAGAUAAGGAAACAAAUGAGUGCAGAAGAGAAAAGAAUUCUGAAGGAGGAGAAAUUAAAGCAGGAAGAGAAAUACAUGUGGGCAGUUCUUGAUGGCGUCAAAGAAAUGGCUGGAAAUUUCAGAGUUGAACCCCCAGGCUUGUUUCGUGGCCGGGGAGACCAUCCUAAGAUGGGGAAACUGAAAAAACGGAUUCGUCCUUGUGAUAUUACAAUCAACAUCGGUAAAGAUGCACCCAUUCCAGAAUGCCCUAUACCUGGUGAAAGAUGGAAAGAAGUUAAGCAAGACACUACUGUGACAUGGUUUGCUUUCUGGAAUGAUCCCAUCAAUCCAAAAGUGUUCAAGUAUGCAUUCUUGGCAGCUAGCAGUGCGUUAAAGCAGCGCCUUAGAGAAGCAUGCACUAAAGAUCUUAGUGACAAGGAUGCAACAAAACAGGAAACAGAGGUUGCUACAUAUCUUAUAGAUAAGCUAUCCCUUAGGGCUGGAGACGAGAAGGUCGCCAUCGUUUCUGACCAUGAUCAACGUACUGUCUCGGAAUCUCACGGACCACAAGUUGAGAGGCUGGCUGUGAAAAUAGAAGAACUAAGGGAGAAAAUAGAAGAGCUAGAUAUCGAUCUCGAUGGGACUGAGAAAGAAACUCCUGCAACUGAGUGGACGUCCGAUUUUUUUAUAGUUGAGCCGGUCAAAGGGACUGGCAGCAAUGUUCCUGUUUUCACUGAGCCGGCUACUGAACUGGCUGAUGUGUUAGCCUCAGAAGUUCCUAAAGAAACUGCUAUCUCACCUGAGAAACUGGAGUGUGCAUGGAGGAGAAUGACUCAAUGGAUGCGGGUGAAAGGAUGAACUCAAUGGUGAUAAGGGAACCACCUCUGGAAACAGAAACUUUGCAGGAAAGUGAAGAUUCUGGUCCGAGUAGGUACUACUAGGUAGCAAAGGAUUACGGUUGGAGACUGUGGUAUCUGAUCUGUUAAUACUCUCUCUACUAUGCAGUUGUUAGCUUAAAUCUAGAUUAAACAUUCUCUUAAUCAUGUCUCCAUUUUCUUCUCAAACCUGUUUGGUUUU